CCAACUUAUUUUCUUCCGCAUUAAGCCAAAAAAAUAAAAUUCAUAAACUAAUUACUAAUUAGUAAGCAAAAGUGUGCACGAAGAACAAAGCGACGCUUCCGAUUUUAUUUUCACGUCUUCGUCUCUCUAACCCGAUUCUCUGGUCUGAAGAAAGCAGAGAGUUCAAAUCCAUGUCUUUCAGAGGACUUAGCAGGCCAAAUGCAACAUCUGGAAUGGGUGUUGCAGAUCAGAGCAAAACCACAUUUCUUGAGCUUCAAAGGAAAAAAACUCAUCGCUAUGUGGUCUUCAAGAUCGAUGAAUCCAAAAAACAAGUUGUGGUUGAGAAAACUGGAAACCCUGCUGAGAGCUACGAUGAUUUCUUAGCUUCUCUACCCGAAAAUGACUGCAGAUACGCUGUUUAUGACUUCGAUUUCGUUACUUCUGAGAAUUGUCAAAAGAGCAAAAUCUUCUUCUUUGCUUGGUCUCCUUCGACUUCUCGAAUUCGGGCAAAGGUGCUUUACUCGACUUCUAAAGACCAGUUUAGGAGGGAGCUUCAAGGGAUUCACUAUGAGAUUCAAGCUACUGAUCCUACUGAGGUUGAUCUUGAAGUGUUACGCGAACGAGCGAACUGAGAGCAAACAAAAUUGUCUCUCUAUUCAAAACUUUUGGUAAUGUAAUGAAUAAUUCGUAUUCUCGUGGUCGUGGAUGGAUUUGUGUAAACACAGUUUCAUGUUCUUUGUCAACUGUAUAACCUCCGUAGAUGUUUUCAGAUUGCA